AUGACUACAAGUAUUGACAAAUGUCCAGGCAAGACCGAAAACCAAAAUCUCCAAGCCAACAGCCUGUUUGACGUCUCGCACGUCACGGCCGUAGUGACUGGCGGCGGCACUGGCAUUGGCCUCAUGAUUACCCAGGCGCUGCAGUCCAACAGCGCCAAGGUGUACAUAACCGGGCGGCGAAACGAGGUGCUCGAGGAAACGGUCAAGCGCUAUAGUACCGGCCCGGGCAGCAUACAUGCUUUGACUGGCGACGUCAGCACCAAGGACGGCUGCGUCAAACUGGCCCAGACGCUGGAGAGCAAGGAACCCAAAGGUAUUCAUCUGUUGGUGAAUAAUGCGGGUAUUGCGCGCGACGAUGCGACAAAAUACUCAUCGGCCGGCCAACCCGACAUGAAGGAUGCCAAGGCCAUAUCAGAGCACUUUCUCAAGUCGGAGCAAGACGAAUGGGCAAAUACAUUCCAGACCAAUGUGGCGGGAGCAUACUACAUGUCCAUGGCUCUACUCCCGCUGCUAGCCCGGGGCCGCGACGCGACGCCCGGGUACACGUCGCAAGUGGUCAAUAUCACGUCCAUUUCCGGAGUCAUGAAGGGUCCCAGCGGCGGCCAGCCCAUUUACGCCACCUCGAAAGCGGCAGCGACACAGCUCAGCCGUGUGCUGGCGGCACUGUUUACCGAGGUCGGGAUCCGCGUCAACACUAUUACCCCCGGCAUUUUCCCUAGCGAAAUGACGGCCGGGUCGUCUGGAGAGGACAACAAGAGCACGCUGGACAUGAAACUGAGUAACCCCUCUGGAAGGACGGGGCAUGAUACAGACAUGGGGGCUACCAUUUUGUUCCUUGCGGGUAAAGGUGGAUUGUUUUAUAAUGGACAAAUCUUGUACCCAGAUGGAGGGUCCACCCUCGUUCAGCCGGCAGCGAAUAACUAG